AUGGAGGAAAGCGACGGGAAACCACUUCCAUUACCCCCAUCCCAAGAGAAUCACAUGACUGCGUUCAACUCGAAAUAUUCCGGAGGUUUAAAUAGUUCCCCAAUCGGAUCUCCGGGGGGAACAGAUUUGAGCGAGGUCAAGUCGGCAGAUAUACGUAAGAAGAUCAAUAUAGGCACAUGGAACGUGCAAAGUCUAUUCGAAGCAGGAAAACUAGCCAAUCUAAUCCAGGAAAUGAAGAGACUGGACAUCGACAUAAUGGGAGUAGCGGAGACUUGGUGGCCAGAUGCAGAAGUGUGUAGUACUGGAGGAGGCGCGUUCUAUUAUUCAGGCAAUCAAGACAAGAAUCAUCGAAAAGGAGUUGGAAUUAUUGUGUCAGAUCGUUUUAAGAAUUGCAUCAUCGACUUCAUACCAUACUCAGAUAGAAUAGCGCUGAUAAAGAUUAAUGCCAGGCCAACCAAUUUAAACAUUAUCCAGAUAUAUGCGCCAACUGCUGAUGCACCGGAUGAGGAGAUGGAAAUAUUCUACGAGCAAAUAAAGGAAAUGUUGAAGCUCACCAAGAAACAUGAUAUGAAUAUAAUUAUGGGCGAUUUCAACUCUAGGAUAGGAAAAGAGAGAUAUGAGGAUCUGGUGGGACCAUUCGGAUUGGGAAUAAGAAAUGAGAGGGGCGAACGCCUGGUGCAAUUCUGCCAAGAAGAAGAUAUGAGAGUUACUAACACAUGGUAUCAAUUACCACCCAGGAGAUUAUAUACGUGGAGAUCUCCUAGAGACAGUCCGGAGAACAUAAGUCGCAACCAGAUAGAUUUCAUACUUAUCAAUAAACGUUUUGGAUCCUCAAUUAACAGAGUAAGCACUUAUCCUGGAGCGGACGUGCCCUCUGACCACAUACUACUACGGGCAACUAUCAAAAUCAAACUAACAAAGUAUGUAAAACCAGUCUCAAAGCGAGGAAUUGCCUACAAAAGGCUCAAACAAGGAGACAUAAAAGCUGCAAUGCGCCAUGAGAUAAAUAACAACAUAGAGGAGAUGUUAAGCUCGAGAAGAAAUGAGCACAAUCCAACCAAAAUAUGA